CGCAGGUGGUGCAGUCGGGUUGGAGCCGGAAGUCUGCGGCAGGGAAGUGCAGGAAAUCUUUCUUGUAAAAUCAUCAUCAUCAUUAAGACUUUUCUCUCUUAACGCCUCGUUCACUGACGGAUCAGGAGAAAUCUCACACUAAACCAUGUGGAAGGCAGCCGCUGGUCAGUCUGUUUCUGUUGUUGAAGAUAAUGAAGGAGACGACUGGGAGACCGACCCUGACUUUGAGAACGAUGUGUCAGAGAAGGAGCAGCGAUGGGGUGCCAAGACUGUUGUUGGCUCCGGUCAUCAGGGACACAUCAACAUUCAUAGUUUACGUGAGAGAGUGGCGUCAGAACACAGUGACAUAAAGCAGAAGGAGUUGGAGACCAUGCCCAAAGCAUCUCAUGGUUAUGGUGGAAAAUUUGGAUUGCAGCAGGAUCGCAUGGAUAAGUCAGCCGUGGGCCACGAGUAUCAGAGCAAAUUAUCCAAACAUUGCUCUCAGACCGACACAUCUAAGGGUUUCGGUGGAAAAUUUGGAGUGGAAGCUGAUCGUGUCGACCAGUCUGCUGUGGGCUUUGAAUACGCUGGAAAAACUGAAAAACAUGCAUCGCAGAAAGGUGAACUUUCUUUACUGUAGAACAAGCUUAAUUUAUUCCCCAGCGUAUGUUCUUCACUGUCGGUAUGUGCAAGUUCACUCAUGACAUAAACACUGAUCAACACUCAAUAUCCCAUGGAGACAUCAGUCCUGUUUUUGGACACUCGUUCAUGCAGUAAUAAUGUUGGUUGACUAAUCGUACACAAUUAUACCUUAUAUUAGGAGACAAGCACACAGCAUUUUUUCACUAUCAAAAACUGGUGUCGGGAGAACUGAGUUUUAAGGGCUAAAAUAGGAUGAAUAAUUCUUCUUCUGUCAAAACAGUGAACAUGGAGUAAGUCCUGAACAAACUGUCGUUUCUGUAUAACACACAGCGAUUGCUUUAACACUAACACUGGGUUCACACCAAACGUGAAUGACGCGUUUUGCACAAAGUCAAUGCAAAGACGCGUACAGACGCGAACUCGCGAGCGUCACUCAUGCGAAAAUAACUAUAGCUUUUCCCACGAGUAAAAAAGAGCGUGGAACGCGAUUGUUCACGUUUGGUGUGAACCCAGCAUAACUGUACAGACUGUUAGGCGUCUAUGAAACUGCUUUGGAUAAAAGCAUCUGCCAAAUGCAUAAAUGUAAAUGUCGUUGCCUGUGCUCUUCUGCUGCUGCGCAAAAGACAAGUUACAAUUUGAACGACUAUUUUAAAAAAUACUAGGGUAGUGAGAUAUAUACGGGCUAAAUAAAAACAUUGCUGCAUGCUGUACAGAACUUAGCAAUUUUACAUGAACUAACCUGAGGGUGUUGUUCAUGUCCAGGAGGAGCAUGAUGAUGAUGAUGAUGAUUUGUGACAUUUUCGCAAUAUGUGAAUGUUUGCUCUCCAUGUCCCACUUAUUGUAUAUGUAUAAAGUUCCAAUAUUUUUUAAACCUCGCUACAGGAAAAACUAAGGUAACACAAUUGGAGGUCUCUGGAAAGAAUGUUUUAAUUUUGUCUGCCUGUUGCACAUAACACUUCCAUUAUGUAUAAAAACAUCUACAUAAAACAGAUUGAAAAGAAACAGAAUAAGAGACGUUUUUCAAUUAAAAACAUAACAUAACAUUUAAAUAUAGAAUGCAUUUAGAGAUUGAUGUUGGCUUGUGUCCCAUUGUAAGGGUGUGUUCACACGUGCCAUGCUUGGUUCGAUAAAAAACUUUAAACACUUCAUGAGGUCUUUGCGAAAAGUCUGGGAGUUGGCAACUCUGCUAUUAUACUAACUAAGUGCCAACACUAAAAUGAACUGUAAAAAUGCACUGUAAGUCGCUUUGGACAAAAGCGUUUGCUGAAUACAUAAAUGUAAGAAAGAAAGGUGUUUAUAUGAAAACCAUGUUAAACUUUGGUUGGUUGAGUUGUAUUUAAUUGAGCAACUGUUUUCAUUAUCAGAGUCUUUUUCUUCUUUCUUAGUAUAUAUUUUUGUUUGUUUCCUAAAAUUUGUAUUGUCCCAAAAAGAAUCCCAUACUCCAUCACCUGCGCCUUUCUUCUGUUGCUCC